AUGAGUACAAGAGCUUUUAUUUUGGACAUGUUGUUUUUUCCAUUUAAUGCUGCCAGCCACCAAGGCUAUGGUGGGAAGCGUCGCUAUACUUCUCAGCAGGUCGCUAAUCACUGCUUGGUGUGGCUCUUGGGACUCGUGCUGCACCUGACCCUGUCCUCGUGUCAACGAGUCGACCUGAAACACCCCAUAGUAUCCACGGGCUACGGAAAGGUCCGCGGUAUCAGGAAGGAGCUCAACAAUGAGAUCUUGGGCCCAGUGGAACAGUAUCUAGGUGUGCCGUAUGCCACCGCUCCUAUCGGCGAGCGUCGCUUCCAGCCUCCUGAAGCUCCGGGCUCCUGGCAAGAGAUUCGCAACGCCACUCAUUUUGCGCCCGUGUGUCCCCAGAAUGUGCACGGGGUUUUACCUGAGAUCAUGCUCCCGGUGUGGUUCACGGACAACCUGGAUGCUGCGGCGACCUACGUUCAGAACCAGAGUGAGGACUGCCUUUACCUCAACAUUUAUGUACCCACUGAAGAUGGUCCGCUCACAAAAAAACAUGAUGAGUCUACAAUGAACAGACCCAGGGAUGAAGAUAUUCGGGAUCGUCGUAAGAAGCCGGUGAUGCUGUUCAUCCACGGAGGCUCCUACAUGGAGGGCUCAGGGAACAUGUUUGACGGUAGCGUCCUCGCUGCCUACGGAAACGUAAUCGUGGUCACCAUGAACUAUCUAAUUUACCCUGCAGGGUUUCUGAGCACAGGGGACCAGUCUGCUAAGGGGAACUAUGGCUUGUUGGACCAGAUCCAGGCCCUGCGCUGGCUCAAUGAAAACAUUGGCCACUUUGGAGGAGACCCAGAGAGAAUCACCAUCUUUGGCUCAGGAGCCGGUGCCGCCUGUGUGAACCUCCUCAUCCUCUCCCACCACUCCGAGGGCCUGUUCCAGAGAGCCAUCGCUCAGAGCGGCUCGGCCAUCUCCAGCUGGUCGGUCAACUACCGGCCGCUGAUGUACACCAAGAUCCUGGCCAAGAAGGUGGGCUGCACUCUGGGGGACAUGGCUGAGCUGGUGGACUGCCUGCGGAGGAAGAGUUUCAGGGAGCUGGUGGACCAAGACAUCCAGCCUGCACGCUACCACAUCGCCUUUGGGCCUGUGGUGGACGGGGACGUGGUGCCGGACGACCCGGAGAUCCUCAUGCAGCAGGGCGAGUUCCUCAACUACGACAUACUGCUGGGUGUCAACCAGGGAGAGGGCCUGAAGUUUGUGGAUGACAGUGAAGGAGAAGAUGGAAUCUCAGCUGCCUCAUUUGAUUACACCAUCUCCAACUUUGUGGACAAUCUGUAUGGAUACCCUGAUGGUAAAGAUAUCCUGAGGGAAACCAUAAAAUUCAUGUACACAGACUGGGCUGACAGGGACAACAGUGACAUGCGUAGGAAGACCCUCCUGGCUCUGUUCACGGACCAUCAGUGGGUGGCCCCGGCUGUCGCCACCGCCAAGCUGCACGCCGAGUUCCAGUCGCCCGUCUACUUCUAUACUUUCCACCACCACUGUCAGACCGAGGCGAGGCCAGACUGGGCAGACGCCGCCCAUGGGGAUGAGAUCCCCUAUGUGUUUGGGAUUCCCAUGGUGGGAGCCACUGACCUGUUUCCCUGUAACUUCUCCAAGAACGACGUGAUGCUCAGCGCUGUAGUCAUGACGUACUGGACCAACUUUGCCAAGACGGGGGAUCCGAACUCACCAGUUCCUCAGGACACCACUUUCAUCCACACUAAGCCUAAUCGCUUUGAGGAGGUCAUCUGGACCAAGUUCAGCUCUAAAGACAAGCAGUACUUGCACAUUGGCCUGAAGCCUCGCGUCAGAGAUAACUACCGUGCCAACAAGGUGGCCUUUUGGCUGGAGCUGGUGCCGCAUCUCCACAGCCUACACGAGGAAAUCAUUAGCUCCAUCACCACUCGCCUGCCGCCCGGAGGCCCCGGCCGCCGAAAGAGCACCCAUCUGGGCACCAUCUCUACACGGCACCCUGUGAUCUCCACCUAUCCACCGGAUCCUGAGCCCGACGGUUCGGAGAGACCCCGCUACCCUCCCUUCCCCAGCGAGACGAGGGACUACUCCACCGAGCUGAGCGUGACGGUAGCUGUCGGCGCCUCGCUUCUUUUCCUGAACGUGCUGGCCUUUGCGGCGCUUUACUACAAACGGGAUAAACGCCAUGAACUCAUGCAGAGGCGCCACCGCCGACUCUCCCCGCAGCGUGGCACCACAAUGGGCAUGGGUGUUGGCAUGGGAGUCGUGGGGGCCCCACCGCACAAUGACCUGGCGCUGAGUCAGGAGGAGGAGCUAAUGUCACUGCAGAUGAAGCAGCAGAGGGUGGAGCUGGAGCACGGGACGCCCCUCCCUUCCCGCGGCGUCCACGGCGACCUGGAACCCCUGCGGCCUCCCGUGUGCCCACCCGACUACACGCUGGCCCUGCGGCGAGCACCGGAGGACGUGCCACUGAUGACAGCCAACACCAUCACCAUGAUCCCCAGCACCAUCAGCAGCAUGCAGCCCCUCCACCCGUUCAACACGUAUCCCCCCGUCCCGGCGCCCUCCACCACACCCGUCCCCAGCCACAGCAACAAUGCCCUGCCACACCAACACUCCACCACCCGUGUAUAG